GUAGUGAAAACCUUGAAAAAUCAAAUUCUUUUCUUGAUGAGUUCCAUCGCAUACAAAGCAAUGGGAUUGUGAUCACAGAUUGGGCACCACAAAUGGAUAUUUUGAAGCAUCCAUCUGUCGGCGGUUUUGUGUCACACUGUGGCUGGAACUCCAUUAUGGAGAGUGUUUCAUGUGGGGUGCCAAUAAUUGGAUUGCCUCUUUUUGCAGACCAGAUGAUGAAUGCUAGAAUGCUUGUGGAGGACGUUGGCAAUGCAGUUCAAGUAGAGGUGUCACCCUCUGCCUACAUGGUUGGAAGUGAGGAUUUAGCAAAAGCAAUAAGGAAGAUAAUGGAUAAGGAUGACAGAGAUGGGUGUGUGAUUAGGGCAAGGGCUAAAGAGCUCAAACACAUAGCAGAAAGAGCUUGGUUUCCUGAUGGUUCCGCUUAUUUUGAACUUUCAAAGAUUGGUCACUAA